UCAUUUGUUCAGGAGUCAGAUUACACUGGAAACUCUGUAUGUUUCAUGCUGUAGAUUCAAUAGAACCGGUUCAUAAGAGUCAUUUGUUCGGGAAUCAGACUACACUGGUCACGCUGUGUGUUUAGACAGUGUUUUAGGUUGUGCUGCCGCUAGAUCGCUAUAGGAAAGUCUGUCGGAGUAUCUUGGUGCAUGUGUUUUUUUAGAUAGAACCCAUUCUUAACAAGAACUGGUUCUUGGUUCCCAACCCCAGCGAUGUGACCGAAUUGAGUAAAGUUGACCUUUCUACAAAUAUGCAUUGACAUGUACUUUGCAAUCAUGAGUGAUUACAUCAGUCAGUGUGAACGCUCCUUAAACCAGUUCAUGAGUAUUAUCAUUGUAAUUUAAAAUCAUUUUAUCCCAUAGGUGUUCUCAGGAAGCAUGUGAUGACCCAUGUUUGGAAAAAAGGUUCCCUCACCGAGUAUCAUGGUGAGGGGCGGGGCCACAUAGAGAGGAGGUUACAUGGUGAAACUGUGGGUGGAGUCUGGCCCGCGUGUUUAUUGCGAGAAGGCAAGACCAAGGACAUGGCGAGAGAAGUCAAGCCAAAACAUUCAAUGAAAAUGGGUCAAACUAAGAAGGACAUAUCCAAGAGAGAGCGGAGAACGGAGCGCCAUCGGAAACUUUACCCAUUACGGCGAAAGGGUGGCACUACAGAGAACAAGGCUGUGCGUUGUCAUGUUCUGCUUACUCGUCUAGACGUUUGGGAAGAAGACGACAACAAGUGUAAGGCAGAUCCAGCGCACAGAACAAAACCGAAAUCACACAAGCAAGCAAAAAGCAAGAGGGAACUGCUGCACGUAUCCACCAAAACCGUAGAAGAGGCCGCCAUUGAUAAACCUUUAACUCAGGAGCCGCGCAAACGUAGACUAGCCUCUCUCAACGCUGAGGCCGUCAACGGUCUGCUGCUUGAGACAGCGGAUGGACCACCUGGUGCCAAGUAUGCCAAGAAACGAGGAGUUGGUACCACUUCUACCGAACACAUAAAGACUUGCCCGAAGUCUGAGACAUGCCACAAUCCCAAGCAGAUGAAGAAAGCCGAGGCAGAAGAGAAGGAUGGACUCGGCCUGUACGCUCCCACGCCCAAACGCUUAGCCGGACUCAACGCUGCUGCUCUCCUGAAGCUCACAAGCUCAACGGCAGGAAAGAAGCAGUGGCUAAAAACGGACACUAGGGGUGUUUGUGCUUCAGGGAAACGUCCCGUACAGCGCCAGCCCAAAGUUCAAAGCUGUAAGCGGCCUGUGCUGAAAGGCGGCUGUGACGUGUACAAGAGUAGAACCGUAGAGUUGAACCUGAAGUAUGAAGGGUCUCCGGAAAGCCAUCGCUUAACCAAACCAGGGUACCAGUCCUGUAGUAUGCUGGGAUAUCCCUUAAAAGCCGUCAAAGAGGAACAGGUGGAGGCAGAGCUGAGUCCGUACUUCUGCUGUCCACCGGAAGGUUCGGUAGAGUACUGCCACCGGUUGGCACUCUUCCUCGGGCAACAGGCAUAUGGCGAGGCAGAGGAGCGCCCCGUGACCUCGGUCAAACAUGACCCUUCACUGGCACACCCCACCCUCACCCUCAGUGCCCAUCCGUGCCUGUGUGCAGAUCCAUGUUACUGUAGUUACUACGUCCACAUCGCUCACACUGGGCCACCAGCAGCCAGUUUGAGCUCGCAACCACUACCCUGCGCGCACAGUCCCUUUUGCCCUCGCGGGGUUUCUGGAUCCAAGCUGCUGCCCCCCUCUGUGCCACAUGCCUCAGGUAUCCCACACCACGCCUUCUGUAACUCAGUAGGGUCACCCUGCUACCGCGAGGCCUGUACGGUAAACCGGUACACCUUUAGCGCCAUGCCACCGGUCACCAGCAGGGUGUGCCCGUUCUCCAUGAACUGCGCCAACUGCAGCCAUCCAAUCAAAACAGAAGGCUACACCUCAUCUCGAGAAGAACACAGUCGCACAUUACUCGUUCCUCCGGCCUCGCCUCUAUCUCGCCCCCGUGUGCCCAGAGCAAACCCGUCCUCAUCGGCUUUGCCACGUCUUCUCAACACGCUGUCAGACCACACACAGGCAGAAGUCCGGCUUAAGGUGGCUAAAGAAUGCCCUCAAAACACCAAACCGCCCAAUGGCUCGCUCGCUACGGGCCACUCGAGACUAUCCCAGAAACAACCGACCACCGGUCCGGCGAGUGCCAAGCAGAAGAAGGUAAGCCAUCGCCGGGUCACCAACGGAUGGCAACCUGUCGGAGUGCCCACGGAGAAGGAGGUCUUCAUUGCGGGUGAUGAUGAGACGGUACUGCGGCAGUGUUAUGAAGGAGUCGAGCGAGAUGGUGAUGUGAUCCGUGUUCGUGACACGGUGCUCUUACGGUCGGGACCCCGCAAGAGAUCCCUGCCGUAUGUGGCCAAGAUUUCAGCUCUGUGGGAAGAUCCCAGAUCAGGAGAGCUCAUGAUGAGUUUAUUCUGGUAUUAUCGACCCGAACACACGCAAGGAGGCCGAGAUCCCAGCAUGCACUGUGAGAAUGAGAUCUUCGCCUCUCGACAUCAAGAUGAAAACAGCGUGGCAUGCAUUGAAGACAGAUGUUACGUUCUGCCAUUAGCACAGUACUGUAGAUUUUGUGCCUUGGUCAAGCGCCGAUCGGAGGGCAUAUGCGACAGCACCCCGGUGGUGCCCAUUCCUGCAGACAGCGGCAUCCCUCCUCACCGCCUUGUGCCCGACGACGUCGACCCUGAGCUGGUGUAUCUGUGCCGACACGUCUACGACUUCCGAUAUGGCCGUAUCCUGAAGAAUCUGCAGUAAAACUGCCACACCACCGUAAGUCUGUAUCGUACAGUGAACGUGACCCAGUGAUUCAGAGGUAUGUGGGAUCACUAUACGGACAGAACAUGUUGACUUUACUGGGCGAGAAGUUCUGUCCCAUCCCUAACUGCCAAUGCAGGGACUUCCCAUUAACACAAGAGUUCUUCAGAGACUGAAAGUUCGCUCUGUGCAUCAGUUCGCUGGAGGUUGAAAGGUCAUGUACACUGGACUGUCACACUGCUGAAGGCCGAUGAUCUGAGGGAUCUGAAACGUUGAAGCACAAGUGGCUGAGUUCAAACGUCUCCAUUAGUUUGGGAACAGAGUUAGACUGAAGAAUAGACCAGUACUAGACCCCCAAAACACAAACCUGGCGGUCCAAGGGUACAGGAUAUUGCUGACGUGUGAUUCUGUGAACUAUCACCUUUAACAUGUUGGUGUUUACGAGAUCCGGAUGUGAUCAAGACUGAACGUUUUAAGACACAGAGGUCUCCCUUUACACCUGGCAUUAAUACCCAUUUAUGGAAAGCCUAUUUACCUAUUUAGUCUAAAGUUGAUGCUAAUAUACAUAUAUUUAUACUAUUAAGUCAUAUGAAUAUAGGUUAAUGAUACCAGAUCUGUCUACACCGAUAAUAACACAUAUGGGCUCAGAUAGGGUCAGGGGUUGUGGGUCAUACACAAGUUUGUGUGUGAGAGAGUUUGUGAGUGUGUGGGUGUGUGUGUGUGUGAGAGUGUGUGAGUGUGUGGGUGUGUGUGAGUGUGUGAGUGUGUGUGUGAGUGUGAGUGUGUGUGUGAGUGUGUGUGUGUGUGAGUGUGUGUGUGUGUGAGUGUGUGUGUGUGUGUGUGUGUGUGUGUGUGUGUGUGUGUGUGUGUGU